UUUGUCACGGGCGACGAUGAUGGUUUGUUGGCAAUUUGGUCAACGAACACGGGGGAGUGUGUUGCCCGUCUCAUUGGGCACAGCAAAGGGAUAACGAGCCUGGUGCCUGCCAAUAUAUUCAAGCAAGAUCAACGUAUUAUUUCUGGGUCGAAAGAUUUCACCAUCCGCUUAUGGAAAAUAAAAGGCGACCUCGGGCAAACGAAUCAAGUGCUCACGGGUCAUACAGAUCACGUGACUUGCUGUGCCUUUGGACCACACGACACUCAUCUCGCUACUGGUUCGCUUGAUCACUCAAUUUUGCUUUGGAACUCGUUGUCAGGCGCGCACAUGAACAUUUUAGUCGGGCACAAUGCGGCUGUGAUUGACAUAUGUUAUGACAGCAGCGGCAAAAUUCUUCUUUCACUGGCUAAGGACUUGUGCAUACGGAUCUGGCGCCCUCUCUCUGGUGAGACAGUAUUAGUUUUAAAACAGUGCUGUGCAAUGCAGUCUGCUCGAUUUUCGCCGGAUGCAAGCCCUACUGUCAGUGCUUCUGAAGAUGGAAGUUUGGUUUUAUGGGAUACUGCAAGAGGCCAAGGUUUAAAUGUCUUGACUGGUCACAAGGGACCAGUUUUAGCAUGCUGCUUCAUCGACGGGCACCCAUCGGUAAUAUCGGGAGGUAAAGAUCAACGUAUUCGUGUAUGGGAUGUAUCAGAGCCUGCUGGUGGGAUAAUGAAAGCUGAACUUAGUGGGCACGAAGGCCAAAUCACUGGAUUAGCACCUUUAGGUGAGGUAAAAACUAUGAUUGCAUCGUGUUCCACCGAUAAAACCUGGCGCAUAUGGGACAUUAAUAGGAAAGAGGCAACGCGAUCUUUGUCUGGGCAUACUUCAGGGCUCACCUCUCUGGCGAUAACGCCAUGUAUGGAUAUAACACUCACGACUUCAUUGGAUUUUACUGCACGUAUUUGG